CGUAUUUCGUUUAGUGUUGCUAUUUCCAUGUUUCAUGGAUCUGUUUGCACGUCUCAUUCGUUUAGAUUGGCAGACAACCACCGUGAAAGAUUAUUACAUCUUUUCAAUAAAGCCGAUCGCACGAGCUGGGGAGACUUUCAGUAAAGUGAAUGCAUCCGUCUCGAUCGGUUCGGAUUUCCGUGUGGCUCCAGUCGUUCCGAUUAGUUAUGGUUUUCGGUAUCGGUACGGGGUGAAUAACAACCAGUUUCGUUGCCAUUCAAGAGUGUCCGUUCCAUCGCCGCUGUCUGUGUUUCAUGUGCAGUUCAUGGUAACAAAAUACUUAACAAAAAGUGCACAGUGGGAAAACAAAAGUUGCCUAAAUGAAAGUGCAAACGAAAGGAAAAUUAAUAAUAGUGUUCACAGAUUGUUUUAUAAACAAAUUCUAAGAUUUUGUUGUGUGUGCCCUUCAAACAGUAUUUCAAGAAAGUUCAAGAAGUUCAAUAACUUCGUUCAUCUGACGAUUGAGAUAUAAAAUUAAAAUAGUGAAACACUUCGCGUUUGCUAGUGGAUAUAACAAAAUCAAUAAGAGCACCAUGGAGUGUACUAUAAUGGGUCACCAAAGGAAAUACAUGACUCAGUUGGUACAAAUGCACUCUUCGACAGCAUCUAAGUUGUUCUUUGUAAUGUCAUUGUUCAUCAUAAUUCAAUUGGUGAAAGGAGAACAUUUCGCAAAGCAUGGACAUAGCGACGAACUUCAUGCGCUCGACCACAAGCAUUGUAAGCAUCAACACCCUAAAGCACAUGAGGUGGUGCAUGGUGUGCAACUAGAACCACUACAUGUGAUACGAAAACGAAGCCUAGAUCAGCCGCUUCGAAUAUUACUAGUCUACGAUGAGUCCGUGUAUCGGUUAGAUUCGGAUAAAUUUGCUCUUAUCAAUGAUACAAUCUUGCCGGAGGCCGUCCGAUUCUGGGAACAAGCACUGAUGGUUCGCCAAACAAAAGAGAUAAUAAGACUGAAUCGAAAGUGUGAAAGCAGCCAGGUAUUUGUGAAAAAUUCGCUCACCUACUGUAUCGAUUCCUGUAAACCCGUGACACUUUGCGGUGAAGUUCAAGUACCGGAGGACCAUUUGGAUGUAUGCCGCGUUUGCAAUUCUACAGGUCAAGAUUGUCGUGAAGAUAGCAGAACAGUUGCCGGGCUGGGAAUUUCAAAUGCAGAUUUCGUAUUUUAUGUAUCCGCUCGGCAAUCGGACAGAUGUCACAAGGGUUUAACAGUGGCAUAUGCAGCUCAUUGUCAACAAGAAGCUGCGCUUGAUCGGCCUAUAGCAGGACAUGCCAAUCUUUGUCCUGAAAGUAUAAGCACAAAGCCUCAAGAACUGCAAACGCUUCUUUCAACCGUAAAACAUGAAAUUCUUCAUGCCUUGGGGUUUUCAGUAAGUCUGUACGCCUUUUUUCGAGAUGAUGAGGGAAAUCCCCGAACGCCACGUAAACCCGAUACUGGAAAGCCAUAUUUAAAUGAAAAAUUACAAAUUCACCAGUGGAGCGAAGACACCAUUAAAAAAAUAGUUCGUGAUCAAUGGGCGGUACGUGGAGGAUACACCAAAAGGACAAUUGAUAUGUUGGUAACUCCUCGCGUCACGCAGGAGGUCCGGGAUCAUUUCAGUUGUCAGCAGCUUGAAGGCGCUGAAUUAGAAGAUCAAGGUGGAGAAGGUACAGCAUUGACACACUGGGAAAAGCGAGUGCUAGAGAAUGAAGCUAUGACUGGAACCCACACGCAAAGCUCGGCUUUUUCGCGAAUUACGUUAGCACUGAUGGAAGAUUCAGGUUGGUACAAAGCAAACUACAGCAUGGCCUCACCUCUCUCCUGGGGCCGAGGGCUAGGGUGUAACUUUGCGAUGAAAAGUUGCAAAGAUUGGAUAACAGCCAACAAUGCAAGAGGUCGUUCUAUUCAUCCGUUCUGUGCAAAGGUGAAACGUGAUCCGCUGCAAACGGAGUGUACUGACGAUCGUAGCUCGGUGGCACUGUGCAAUCUUAUCCGCCAUGAAAGCCCAUUGCCUAAACAGUAUCAAAAUUUCGAUUCCCUGGCACAUGUUCCCACUGGUGAGGAGGCUUACUAUGGAGGAUCCGUAUCGCUUGCAGACCAUUGUCCGUAUAUUCAAGAGUUUACGUGGCGAAGUAGAAACGUCGUUGUUCGAGGAUCACAGUGUCAGUUUGAGGAUAACAAUCCUAAACCAGAGAAGAAUUUUGCGUUGGAAUCAUACGGAUCGGAUUCAAAAUGUUUCGACCAUAGUGAACAUAUGUGGGAAGAACGAUCCUGUCGGCAGACCCGUGAAUGGCAGCACUGGGGAUCUGGAUGCUAUCGAUACAAAUGUGAACGAGGUCGUCUACAUAUCAUAAUUGCGAAUUAUUCAUACGAGUGCUUCUACGCUGGACAAGAACUUACCGUACAGCUGAUGGCUGGUGGUUGGUUACAUAAGGGGGCGGUAGUAUGUCCAUCUUGCAAAGAAGUGUGCAAUUAUGAGUUUGAACAACGCGGAGAACGAUGUAAAACUAGCGAAGAAGCACCUCCAUCUAGUUAUUAUCCGAAGAAUGAGCUGAAAUGUAGCGCAGCUAGUAUUGUACGUCCAACGCAUAAAUUUAAUGCAUUGAUUUCGUUGUUAGCCGUUGGAGUAUCAGUUGUAAUGCGAUUAAGAAGAUAACUUUUCAUUCCGUACUAGAAAAUGUAGAAAUCGUACUAUUUUAAGUUCAUAAUUUAUGUGAGUCUAACAUCAUGUGAUAGUAUUCAUCUGUGUUUUUUUGUUUUAAACGCACAAGAGAAGCUUUUAUUUAGUUGUAAACUUAUUAGUCACUGAUUGUAAAUAUUCGACUAUUCUGUAAAUAACAUUUUUUCAUAACAAUGAAAUAAAUUUUAAAGAACAGAGUUUUGUACAUAGUUAGGUACUAAAAAGACAUCAGCCGUUAUUGAUAAAGACAGCCAGAUGGAUCUCACUCUAAAUAAAUUCCACAACGGUAAGCAAGCGAUUUGCCAGAAUAAAAAGUUUAGGAUAUAAGUAGAAAAUUUUCUAAUUAAUGUGCGAUGACUUCAAUCAGAUAAAGUCAAAUAUACAGAACUGCAAUUUUGUUCUAUUUGUGCAGGCCUCAUUAAAUCGGUGCCGUUAUAGUUUGACUUUGAAAAGUGAGAAAGUUAGGGAUUGAAUGUUAAACUGCCAAAGUUUUGUUGAUCGAACAAUGUAAAUAAGGUGUAUAAGAAUGAAUAUAGAGAUUUCCAAUAUAAUUAUA